UCAUAUCAUUUUAUAAAAAAAAUAUAUACAAAAAACAUUAAAAGUUUUCAAAUAAUAAAAAAACCAAAUUAAAAUAUAAUCAAACUAAAAAACAAACACAAAUAACUCAAAACUCAACAAACAAAAUGUGGAAUUUUCAAAGAAUCAUUUGUAUAUGGAUUUGCUGUGUGUCGUGUAUGUUUGGUACAACACAAUUGUCAUCACUGGUGCAAGCAGUACCGUACGAGUAUUUUGAUGAUCAUGAACAAAGUUUCUUUGAUUUGGACUCAGAACAAAUUCAAGCUAAAUACGAUACACGUUUGUUAUCGCAACAGAUGUUGCAAACAGAGCAACAACAGCAACAACAUUCAGAAAAUUUAAAGGGUUUUCUCAACUAUGGCAGUGAGGAUAUAACAGCAAAUAUUGCUGUCAGUGGUAACACAAAUAAUAAGUUAGAAACUAGAAAACAAAAUGAUGCUGGUGCUUCUUCAUACCUUUCGAAAACAACAACGAAAUUGAAAAGUAAUGAUGGCCAGACAUUAAAGAAUGUUGGUGCUAAUACUGCUGACGAUGAUGAUGAUGAUGAACGUAACGAUUGGCUGGAGGAAACGGCAACAAAAGCUGCUGCAACAACAUCAGCAAUUACCGAAACAUUAGAUGAAUUACAUUUGCCACGUGCUGCAUCAUGUUUUACAAAUGGCCAAAAAUACACACAUGGUCAAAAGGUACCACGUCUAGAUAAUUGUGAGGUUUGUUUGUGCAUGGAUGGUGAAAUAUUUUGUUGGUGGGAAAAAUGUGAUAAAAAAUCCGCAAAAACUUCAACAACAUAUGAUGACUAUUCAACACCAUUUGAAGAAUCAUCCACAACACGCAUGCAAUUAAAUCCGAAAACCACAUAUAAAACGACUUUAAAACCAAUGAAAAAACCAAAAACAAAUGAAGACUACAAGUAUGAUGAUGACGAUUCGGCUGAAAUACGUGAAAUUCAACUGGAAUAUGAAGGUCUCAAGGAGCAAUUGAUGCGGACGGAACACGUACAAGAGCAACAUAAAAUCCAUCACAAUAAACAAAUGGUGAAAAAGAAAAUCUAUCAGCAACAAGAGGAGGAAAAACAUAAUAAGAAAAUUAAGGAACAAAAUAAAAAAAAGCAGGAAGAACAACAACAGCAGCAGCAUCAUAAGCAACAACAUAAAACGAGCGAACAUUUCGAACAACAUCAUCAUCCACAUAAUCACAACAACAAUCACGAUUACAGUUCAAGUGGGUCGUCCAGCAGUAAAAUACUUAAUUUUCCAGAAAAUCUACCUUCGGUUUUAUACUACGAUUAUAAAACGGAAGAACAUCAUCAACAUCAGCACCAACAUCGUGAACAACAUUUAAAACAUCAGAAGCAAAAACAACAGCAGAAACUACUUUUACAACAACAUGAAAAAGAGCUUAAGCAUCUACAACAGCAGCAACAACAGCAACAUCAUGUUAAUCGUCAUCAUGAAUAUGGUCAAGAUUUCAACACGUACAGCAGCACAGCACAUAAUACACCGGUAACAGGAACAGGUGUAGGAAGUAGAGCAGGGGAUGAAACAAAACAUCAUGACGGCAUCGGCGGCCCAUCAACAACAUUUAAGUAUUUUAGCAACGGAAAUGAAAACAUUUACAAUGGAGAUUUACAAACAGACAGUGACAUUUUACCAGAGCCACCAACAAAAAAGCCAAAAUUUCCAACAUCAAUUACAGACACAACGGCAACAACAAAAACAACAGGAAUUCCAAUAUCACAACUUCAUCGUUUAUCCACUUCAAUGAUGGCAACAACAGCUGUAGCAAUAACAAAAUCAUCAUCAACAGCAUCAGCAACAACAUCAAAAACAUUGGCAAAUACACCUCCAACGGCAUCAAUGCCUUUAAAGAAACAAAUUUUUUCACCUUGGGACUAUAAUAAACCAAACACAGAUAAAAUAAACAACAAUGGCAACAACAAAAACAACAAUAAUAAUGACAACAACAAUAAUAAUAAUGAAAGCACUGAAGACAUAAUAGAUACAGAUGAUCAAGAUGAUGCCUUCCAUCGUUGGUUGACAUCCACAGAGACAAAUAAUAAAAAUAAUUUCACUCUAAAUGAUGCAAUCAGCGGAAGAGAUGAUGCUGGUGGUUUUGCUUCAACUGCUGUUGGAGGUGGUGGUAGUGGUUUAUUGGAUGCCAGUAAUAGUGAUUAUAAUGUGGAAGAUAGAAAUUAUGAAAAUUUUGACUUGGUAGCAGAAACAGGACUUUCAACAGCAAAGGCAACAUCAAGACCCUUAACAACAAUAGGAGCGGCAGCAGCAAUAACGACAACAACUAUAAAUGCAUUUGACAUGAACGGAGGAGAAGGUGGCAGAGAACGACCAGUAGCAAUUUACGAUGAUAAUGGCGAUAUGUAUGAAAAUAGUCAAAAACCAAAAUAUGAACAAAAUUUUAGUGAUAAUAAUAGUUACAACAGCAACAAUAAUGGAAUUAUUAAUAGCAAUGGCUACAUAAGCAACAACAACAACAAUAUUUCACCAUUCAGCAGUAAUCCAUAUCAAAACUAUAAUAGAAAUAAUAAUAACAAUAACAUGGACAGGCCAACCAGCAGCGGCAGCAGUUCGACAACUAGCAAUGAAGAUAAUGGUGUUGCUAGUGUUGUAAAUAUUGAUAUAAUGUUAACAGCAUCAUCUGCUGAUUCACAGCAGCAACAAAAAGAAGAACGACCACAGGAAACGAAUAUUGAAACCACCAACCAACACAGUCAGCUGCAACAAGAUUUUGAACGUGAAAAACAAAUUGCUAAAACACAACUAAAAUUCAUGCAACCACCAACUUUAAUUUCCAAUACAAAUGAUGUUGAUAAUAACAAUCCUUUGUACUCAAUAAUAAAUGACAAUACCAAAAACUAUAACAAGAGUAGUAGCAGCAGCAGCGGUAAUAGCAACCAAACUAUUACCAACAUUGUUGUUGGUGAUGGUCUAAAUAUAGAAGAGCGACAAACAGCACAACAAAAAAAUGUGGGUGUCAACUUGUCAAGUAGCGAUAGUAGCAGUAACAACAGCAAUAGUGCCGCUACCACCCAUAGUUUAUUAAGUAGUAGCGAUAGUUUUAGCUUUAACCGUAUAUCGGCGGUGGUGUCACAAACAAAUGCAACAUCAGCGACAACAGUGGGUGCAACACCGCCUCCACUCAGCACAACAUUGAGUCCGGAACGACAAUGCAAUGUUAUGGGUACACUUUACAAAAUAGGCGAUAUUUUACCACAGGAUACUGGUAAUUGCUUGCAAUGUAUUUGCAUUGAUGGCUCAACAUCGGAUGACACACCGCGCGUAACCUGUAGUCCUCAUAAUUGUCCACCAUUAGUAUUGCCAGAUUUGUUUGAUGCCACGGGUUACUAAACUCCAACAAUAAACGCUGAAAACUGAAAAAAAUAAAAAAUAAAAAUCAAUAAACAAAACUCAUACAUAUGCAUGUCUACAAAACAACAACCACAAGAUAUUUUCACUCAAUAUUUCGUGACUUUAGUCCAGAAUAUUGUUCAUUGAACAACUUCAAACACACAUACUCAUCAACAUCAACAUCAGCUGCAUCAGUUUUUGUACAGUUUUAAAUGUUGUCCCAGCCAAUAAUUGUUAACAAACUCUAUUUGCAAUAUAUUUCAAUUGCAACAAAUAAAAGAACAGCAAUAGCAACAAAAAAUUCGAAUCUAUAACAAUAGCAACGAAUUGUACUGGGAGAGCCACACCCCCCACUGUACAAUCCAUAUACAAACAUCAUAUUUAAAGGUAUAGUAGAAAAUUUCCAAUAUAAAAUUUGAAAUUCUCAUGAAUGCAUUUUAUUGCUUUCAAAGAAAUAUGCACAUAAAAUAUUUUAAAAAUGCAAAAUAAUGUUGAAUUUAUGAUUUAUUGAAUAUUUUGUAUUUACUUGUUUGUAUGUUUGCUUGUUUGUUCGCUGUGGGUUAGUAUUCUUUUGAUAUGUUUUAGCAAAAUAUUUGGCACAUACAACUACUGGUUAAAGAGGAAAUGUAAUAUUUUAGAAAUGUUUAUGCAUUACUUUUGUUUUUGAAAUUCUAAUGCUUUGAGGAUAUUACAAUUACAAUGGUGUUCAAAACUUAAAGUUUUAAUUUUGUUUUUUUAAUUAAAAAUUAAAUUAUUUCAUACACUAUAAUAAAAAUAAACUAUAUUGCUUUUGACAAUGAGAAACAUGUCGUGGUAAGUGCUAUCACAGGUUAUUAAAGAAUUUUAAGACGAUAUAUCUGCGUUUGCUCUUUUGUUCCAAAAAAUAUAUUUAAACUGCUGCUCAUGUCUAAAUAUACAUACAAAUGUACAUUAGAGUGUCCAGAGGAACGCACUUUUUGAGAAUUUCAUCUAGGAGUUACUCUAAAUCUAUGUUUAUUAAGUACAAUAGAUUUUUAACCCCUGGUAGGAACACUAACUGGGUUGAGAAGUAUUAUUACAAAAAUUGCUUCACGGGACACCCUAAUGUAUAUACGUAUACAUAUGUAUGUAUGUAUCUUAAAGUUUAAAUAAAAAAUUCAUUAGGAAUAUAAUUACGGUAAUCUAUAAACAAAAUAUCUACUAGACUGGCAGUAAAAAACCCCUUAGUGAAUUAAUGGAUAAGUAACUUCGUCUAUUUCUUCAGAGUUGUAUUGCUGUUUUGAUCAGAUAUAGGUUUUGUAAGUAGUUAGGAUUGGGCUGAAAUGUUUCUCUAGAAACUUAAAUGUUUCUCUGUGGCCUCCGGUAGGUUAGUGGUUAGUGUUCUAGUCUGGUAGACCGGAGGUGGUGGGUUCGAUUCCCACCCGUCACACUGGCUAAGGAGCGCACAACAGGUCCGAUAGAGGUCUAGGUGUAUUUCUUCGGAUAAGAUGUGUAUACAUCCUCCUUUCAAACUAACUAACUAACUAAAUGUUUCUCUAGAAACAAUGAAUAUCGUAUUAUCAUGUCAAGAAUGUCCAGAGUUUCUGAUUCCUUAAUAUUUUUACCACCAAUAAAUAAGGAUGGUGCAACAUAACAUGUCACCAUUCGAUAUUGUUAUUAAAUCUUGGUCAUUAUCCUUAAAUUACAUAUAGCAACAGCUGCUUUUGCUGUCGUCAUUUGACAUAGAAAAUCGUUUAUGAAUACUUAUGUAUAUAAAGUAGAGGAAUCAGGAAUUUAAUAUUGAAUCAGUUGAUUGAGUUUUAAUUUUGAGCAACUCGUGUGGUAGACUCUACGUUUGCAAUAACAAGACCAUUUACAUUCUUCAAAAUAAUAUCAUAUUUCUGCAUGUCUUCCAAAGAUCGUAAAAUAUGAAAGU